CGCGCCUGCGCACGGUAGCCCCCGGGGCGAGCGCGGGGCCGGAAGCAGGGCGAGCGGCGGCGACGCCGGUGGCCGCCAUGAGCUUCCUCAUCGACUCCAGCAUCAUGGUCACCUCCCAGGUGCUGUUCUUUGGAUUUGGGUGGCUAUUCUUCAUGCGUAAGCUCUUCAAGGAUUAUGAGGUGCGACAGUAUGUGGUCCAGGUGAUCUUCUCUGUGACUUUUGCCUUCUCUUGUACCAUGUUUGAACUCAUCAUCUUUGAGAUUUUGGGUGUCCUGAACAGCAGCUCUCGGUAUUUUCAUUGGAAGCUGAACCUGUGUGUCAUCCUUCUCAUCCUAGUCUUCAUGGUACCCUUCUACAUCGGUUACUUUGUUGUGAGCAAUAUCAGACUAUUGCACAGACAGAAACUUCUUUUUGCAUGUGUUCUGUGGUUGACGUUCAUGUAUUUCUUCUGGAAGCUGGGGGAUCCAUUUCCUAUCCUCAGCCCAAAACAUGGAAUCCUGUCUAUAGAACAGCUCAUCAGCCGUGUAGGUGUGAUUGGGGUGACACUCAUGGCUUUGCUGUCAGGAUUUGGGGCUGUCAACUGUCCGUACACUUACAUGUCCUACUUCCUCAGGAACGUGACAGAUGCAGAUAUUCUGGCUUUGGAGCGACGACUUCUUCAGACUAUGGACAUGAUUGUUAGCAAGAAAAAAAGGAUAGCAGUGGCUCAUAGGACAAUGUUCCAGAGAGGAGAAGUGCAUAACAAACCCACUGGCUUUUGGGGAAUGAUAAAAAGUGUUACAACAUCUGUUUCGGGCAGUGAAAAUCUGUCACUUAUCCAGCAAGAAGUGGAUGCCCUAGAAGAGCUGAGUAGGCAGCUUUUUCUGGAAACUGCUGACUUGCAUGCAACAAAGGAGAGAAUAGAGUACUCCAAAACUUUCCAGGGAAAAUACUUCAAUUUUUUGGGUUACUUUUUCUCCAUCUAUUGUGUCUGGAAAAUCUUCAUGGCAACCAUCAAUAUUGUAUUUGACCGUGUGGGGAAGACUGAUCCAGUCACAAGAGGAAUUGAGAUCACUGUAAAUUAUCUGGGAAUCCAGUUUGAUGUGAAAUUCUGGUCUCAGCACAUUUCCUUUAUUCUUGUUGGAAUAAUCAUUGUUACCUCUAUAAGAGGAUUGUUAAUCACACUUACAAAGUUCUUUUAUGCCAUUUCCAGCAGCAAGUCCUCCAAUGUUAUUGUUCUGCUUUUAGCACAGAUAAUGGGUAUGUAUUUUGUGUCAUCAGUGCUCCUGAUCCGGAUGAGUAUGCCUCUAGAAUAUCGUACUAUUAUUACAGAAGUCCUGGGAGAGCUCCAGUUCAACUUUUACCAUCGUUGGUUUGAUGUGAUAUUCCUAGUUAGUGCACUAUCCAGUAUCCUCUUUCUCUAUUUAGCACAUAAACAAGCCCCAGAAAAGCAUAUGGCCCUUUAAGGACUGCAGUCAUGCACUGCUCUUUGUCCUUUGAACUGCACUGCUGCAACUCCUGUGGACUGCAAAACUUGAAGAGAGAGAGAGCCAAGACUAUUCUGUGUGUUCCAGCAGUGUCACUGGCUCUUUGAACUUCCACACGUCAUCCUCAAGCUCUGUGGCUCAUUUUGUGAAGGGGCCACAGCUUCAAGGAAAGGGAAUACACGUAUUGAAUGUGAGAUAGUUCAGUGCCAAGGAAUAAGGGCACUCCUUGGUACGCCAAUGUCUAGGGGCAUUGGAACUUGCACAGUAUGCUGUCUGAGGUAAGACCUGUUCCUGUUAGAAGAACAUCUCCAGAGAAGGCACCAAGGAAAUGUGAUUUUUCUUUUGAAAAUCAGCUCAUAAUUGGGAUUCAGAGGAUGGCAAUUCUGGUUGAAUAUUUUGAGUUUGUGGAAUUAAACAAGUUUUUGUAAUAUCUCAUGCAAGCAUCACAGUUGUUUUUUUGUCAGCCCCAAGAUUUGGCUGGAAGCGAGCUAGAAAGUGGCUAGGAUUUGCUGCCCAGAAGUGAAUUGGAGAGAAUUUCACUCCGUUUCUGUAUGUAAUGUAUGCUAGUGUGUAUCACUAGCACUGACAGUCCUUCGGAGCUGGAGAUUAGCUUUCUGUUUCUGAGUCUCAACUUUGUUUUCUCUCCCUGCAUAAAUGGACUGAGGUUUUGGAUUCCUCUUUGCUAGAGUUCAGUGUGAAGUCAAAGACCACAGCUAUGCCUUGUUUACCGUAUGUGCUGUAAAUGUGGUGUUCCCCACAACAUGUGUAUUCUUCUGCAGUAGCCCAUUUCCCCUUCUCCAUGUAAUUUAAGGCACAAAAGUAAAUUUUAUUCAUGUGAUUUAAAAUUGUAGCUUCCCAUAGCCACUGUCCUAGGCUUUGUUUGUUGUAAAAUUGUUCUGGAACAGAAAUAAUAGGUGGCAAGAGUAAGACCUGGGGCAGGGGGUGGGGGGGCAGGGAACAGCACUCUAAAUAAUUUAUUUCUAUGUUGUCUUCAGCGUACAGCAAGGAGGCAGAGUAUACAGCAGCAAUAUUACACAGCCAUUUAUGCCACAUUCAAGACAAUGUGAUGUUGACUUGGAGUUAGACAAGCCUUCAUGACUGAAUUAUGCAUGCUGUUUUAACUACCAUGAUCUACAGCUGUCUGCAGAGAAGAGGGAAUAGUGCUUCAGCAUCCUGAGUUAUAAAUUAUGAAGUUAGCUUAAUGUUUGAAAGAAAUUUCUGCAGCGUUAGCAGGAGAAAGGAGCAUAAUGCACAGAGUACAUUGGUUUAUGCCAUUUCACAGCAGCUGUACUGCUGUAAGUAUAGCAUGGAACAGUCAGCACAGAGAUUGAGUGGAUGGGCUUGGAUUAGGGGGAGAACUGCCUCUCCUGGGAGAAGGGGAGAAAUCAGUUGCUCUUUAUUAAGAGCUUAUCCUUAAAAGGCUAAGAUGCUUUACAAAUCUAUAAAAUGUUUCUGCCUUCUGCUGCAGUAUACUUAAUUAUAUACUUCUAGUUAUUUAAGCCUUUACGGAAGUAAAGGACUAACUGCCCAAUUUACAAGGCAGAAAGCCAGUGAAGUGCAAUUGCAGUGUGUUAAAUGAAUGCAAGUUACACUGAAGUGUUUAUUUCAGGCAGCUGCAUUUCAGCAAGAGAUUGCAGUCCUUUACAGGUAUGGCACUCAUAGGAACAGUCAGGUUCUGGGAGGUGUAGUAGCAAAGAAUGAUUGAAGAAAGAGGAUCUGGAAGGUCUUUUUGGUUUUGUUCUUGGCAUAGUUUGUCUCCUUACAACUUUGUGUCAUCGUCGUUGUCACUGUCUGCUCUUGUAGAGGCAGCUGAUUGCAAAGAGGAGGAUGAGCUUGCCUGCAGAGGAGUAACAAAUAGAUUCUGAUUAUUUUUAGUUUGUAAACAUGCUUGAUAGUGUGCAGUGUUCUGAAGGACUCCUGUUUUCAUCUGCACUAAUCAUGUACUUGUUUGAAUGGCAGAAUGAGCCAACAAAUGUGAUUUUUCUUGUUCAAGCCCUUUUUGGUUAGGUACAUGUAGAGAGAAAUUUGUCCAAUGUUUCCUGUUGUUUAAUUCCCAUACCUGCUGAAUUUGCACACAAAAGUGCUGCUACCUUCAGAUCUGCAAAAUGCAGCUUGGUGACUAAGAAACUUGAAAAACCUUGCAGCUGGACAUUUACAGACAAGGCUAGUGAAAAAUGAAUAGGAGACUGUACUGCUCUUAUUCUUCCUUGUCUGCCACUUUUGCAUGAUCAGAAAAGAGACAUUUAAAUAUUUAGGCUGACCACACAGAGGUUUCAAAAUAGCCGUUUCAAGAAGAAAUACCUUCCUGCUUUUCUGACUUUGCUCAUGCUGCAGAUUGAAAAUAAUUUACUCACUUCAUGCCAUUAGAAACAAAUCAGCACAUUUCCUAGAAAAUGUCAUGCUAACCUGUCAGUCGCUCUUCCUUCUAUAAAAUGAUCUGUUUUGAAAUAUUUCACCUGAUUUCCCUGAAAGUGGUUUAUUCUUUUUGGUGUAUUUAAGCACUUUUUUUUCCUCUGUACUUUCAGGAUUGUAUUGCCUGUUUCCCAUCUUCUUUAAGGAGUACUGUGUUUGGGUUAUCUUGUUCCAUAAAAUCUCUUGUAUGUGCGUCCUUUCUAUGAUUUAAUCUGGCAUUAAAGAUACUCACCUGUAUUACGUGUGGGGAAAGGAA